GCCAUUUCUGAACAAAGCGGUCCCAUUUAGGAAGGAAAAAGCGAAUUUGGAGACGAUGAAUGCUGGAACAAGUCAGACGCCAGCAGCGCAAGUCUCAUCCUUCAAAGGCCGAGGCGACCGAAGGAAAAUGAUACAGGACCCCCUCAGCGUCACCUGCAAAUCUUCACAGAUAAAGUGCAACGACACCACCUCGCGGAACCUAGAUACCUGCCGGACAAAGAACGACGACCAAAACCAUGAAACGAUCCGUCGGGUUUCUUGUGCUGAGCCUAGCAAUGAGCUUGGCCCAGCGGCAGAUUGCGACCAUCUACGAUCGGGUGAAUAGCGACGAAAGCGGAGCUUGGAGUGAGAGGGAUGACUACUGCCCGAACUUCCUCAACUGCGAUCCCAACAUCGGGGAUGACAUGAUCUCCAGCUCUUGCAUCGUCGGCGCUUGGAUAUUCUAUUCCGAAUAUUCCUACAACUACGAGGGUGUCGGGACGGUGGAAUGGAACUCGGGCGAUGGCAAGUGUUGGAACCUCCAGUUCAACAACCAAGUUUCUUCGAUGAGGUAUGCGGGGGACACGCUCAACUGGAAGGCCGACACGAUGAAUAUAUACGAAUUGGAACUUUUCUCCGGGUUGGAAUUCUACGCAGUGCAAGACGUCCCCCAAUUGCCGGAGCAAUUGACGACCGUGGGUUCUCUCAUCAUCACCGGUAGGAGCGAUUGGACCAUUUACACGCAACCAAACUUCGGUGGUGCCAAGCUUUGCAUUGGGAUGCAAGACGGACAAUUCGUUGGCUUCGGUCCACACUUGAGCCAAUUUGAUGUACCCACGGUCGGAUCCUUCCGGCUUGGAUGCUUUGCCGAGAGGAAAAUGCUUCUCGACUCGGGUCGCCACGGCGUGGGGGUUCAGACCUGAAACUGAUGAUUUUACUUCUCCUGCGUUGAAAUAAAAGAACAUUUCAUGAACUCUCA